CGUGGAGCCUUCCAGAAGUCGCCGGCAGACCCGUGCGACUUGCAGCUUAGCCACACUCCAGAUUUUCAUCAUUUAAAGCCUUUAUUCUCUUCAUUCAACUCUUAUUGCGAGUCCAAAUUCUUCAUUCAACAUGUCCAGUUUGGGCACUUUGGCUUUUGAUGAAUAUGGGAGGCCGUUCAUCAUCAUCAAGGACCAGGACAGGAAGACGCGUCUGUCGGGCAUUGAUGCUCUGAAGUCCCACAUCAUGGCAGCCAAGGCUGUGGCUUCAACAUUGAGAACAUCUUUGGGUCCAAAUGGUCUUGACAAGAUGAUGGUUGACAGGGAUGGAGAGGUAACUGUCACUAACGAUGGAGCCACUAUUCUCAGCAUGAUGGACGUGGACCAUCAAAUUGCCAAGCUUAUGGUGGAGCUAUCGAAGUCCCAAGACGAUGAGAUUGGUGAUGGAACCACUGGAGUUGUUGUGCUGGCUGGAGCGCUGCUUGAACAGGCCGAGCAGCUGCUGGACCGUGGAAUCCACCCCAUCAGGAUCUCCGAUGGUUAUGAUCAAGCUGCUCGCGUGGCCAUAGAGCAGCUGGACAAGAUAGGAGAAACUUUCCCCUGUGAUCCCAACAACACCGAACCACUCAUUCAGACAGCUAUGACAACUCUAGGGUCCAAAGUUAUCAACCGGUGCCACAGACAGAUGGCAGAGAUUGCAGUGAAUGCCAUCCUCACUGUGGCUGACAUGGAAAGGAAGGAUGUAGACUUUGAGCUCAUCAAGGUGGAGGGCAAAGUGGGAGGAAAGUUGGAGGACACACAGCUCAUCAAGGGAGUCAUAGUGGACAAGGAGUUCAGCCAUCCUCAGAUGCCCAAGGUUCUCAAAGAUGCUAAAAUUGCUAUUCUGACCUGCCCGUUUGAGCCCCCUAAACCCAAGACCAAGCAUAAGUUGGAUGUGACCUCAGUGGAGGACUACAAAGCUCUUCAGAAAUACGAAAAAGACAAGUUUGAGGAGAUGAUCCAGCAGGUCAAAAGCACGGGGGCUAACUUGGCCAUCUGCCAGUGGGGCUUUGAUGAUGAGGCAAACCACCUGCUGCUGCAACGGGAGCUGCCUGCCAUUCGCUGGGUUGGAGGGCCAGAGAUUGAGCUGAUCGCGAUAGCCACAGGAGGCCGCAUUGUGCCGAGGUUCUGCGAGCUCACAACAGAGAAGCUCGGCACGGCUGGUUUGGUGAAGGAGAUCUCAUUUGGCACAACCAAGGACCGUAUGCUGGUUAUUCAGGAGUGCAAAAACUCCAGAGCUGUAACCAUUUUCAUCCGUGGGGGUAACAAAAUGAUCAUCGAGGAGGCCAAACGCGCUCUCCAUGAUGCUCUGUGUGUAAUUCGUAAUUUGGUCAGAGACAACCGUGUUGUGUACGGAGGCGGAGCUUCAGAGAUUGCGUGCGCUCUUGCUGUGAACCAGGCUGCAGAUAAGUGUCCGUCUUUGGAGCAGUACGCCAUGAGGCUGUUUGCUGACGCUCUGGAAGUCAUUCCCAUGGCGCUGGCUGAGAACAGCGGGCUGAACCCCAUCCAGACCAUGACAGAGGUCCGAGCCAGACAAGUCAAAGAGAACAACCCCUUCCUUGGCAUCGACUGUCUCCAGAAAAACACAAAUGACAUGAAGCAGCAGCAUGUGAUCGAGACCCUGAUUGGCAAGAAACAGCAGAUUCUACUGGCUACUCAGGUGGUCAAAAUGAUCUUGAAGAUAGACGACAUCCGAAACCCUGGAGAGGUCGAGGACUAAAGGCCCGCUGUUGAAGAGCAGCAGCCCAGCUGCUCCACGCCCGAACCCCAAACCUCACUGCUUAGUGCUAUUUAUCAUUUGAUACAGAAAUGUUCUGUUAGUGGCCAAGUCAUCAAUAAAAUGUUGGUCUGUUGAAA